CCCAGUCAUUUAACACUCUUGAUGAGAAUUAAGCUGCCCAAGGCAUCUGGUCUUAGUUUGGUGUCUUCAAUGCUGGUAUUUAACAUGAACGGUCUUUGAGACCACGUGGUGACCCUCCAUUGGUGCCAGUCGGUGUGCCUUUCUUUGCUCACCUCACCGGAUCGUGUACCACCGGUACAUCCUGGUACUGUAAAGCAUUUGGCCAUCAUCAACGCGCAACAUCUUGCUUGGCGGACCUAGUGUAGAUUCCGGUACUCACUUUACAUAACCCCCGGAUCUGAUGGCUCAAGCGGUAGUAUCUUCCUUCCGGUCGCUUUUCUUGACCAUUUCGCUCACAAUUUCACAAACUUGGCGACUGCAAAAGCAUAAAGCAAAGGAACCAGUCUACCUAGUUCCCAAAUUUGUGGAUUGAUAUCUAAAUCUAAAAGCUUACUAUUUCACACACUACCACCACCACCACCAUGAUGAAAUCCUACCUAUCAUUACUCCCACUCUUGCUUCCAAUCCUGUCUCUGGCGGCCGACCCCCCAGUGAUCCAUGAGUGCCAAUUGACCUAUUCGGUGGAUCUGAUCACAACUCACGAAGAUGAUGUAGUGGCGGAGUGUAACUCGACUCAUUGGGAGGCCAUCACCAACGCCAUUCAUGACAUUGUCGAGUUGGAUGUCAUUGGAUCCUUGUUGGGAACUUCUGCCCCCCAGUUUGUUGCAGCUUAUCAAGCACUGGGAGAUCAUGCGCUCAUGACCAUGUUGGACCUGAACACGUCCUUGACCGAAGAACAGUUACUGAUGCACACGGAACGAGAGGACAUGCUGGAAGACAUGUACUUUACCGGUUGUGGAUUUGAUGAUUUCGAGUGUCAAGGAAUUGACUUUGACGACACUUCCGGCAGUGGACGUCGUUUGGAAGAUGUUUUCAAUGAAGUCUUGGAACUGGCACGGAAUGAACGAGAAGCCGACAUUCGAGCCGAUGCACGCUUGGAUGCACACCAAAACAGGCGGCUCGUGGAGCGUGGACUAAAGGAUGCCCACGACGAUGAGGACCUGGAGUUGGAAGCAAAAGCGACUGAAUGGACUCCCAUGGGCGCUGCGCAUCAAGACGAAGAGCACCGUCGUCUCGGUUUGGACUGUGGCAAGUUGGGCGAUUGCAAAGCCAGUUGGUGCUGCCGCAUCUGUGGCCACAACUGCCGUCGUCGUCUCCACGAAGAUGCUCCCGCUCUGCGAGGUAACACCCGCGACCUGGAAAGCGUUGUCAAGCGCACGUACGGACAAGCCAAGAAGGGAAGCAAAGCCGAAGCGCUCAUCAAGAAGUUCGAACGACGUGUCAGCCGUGCCAUUCGCAAAAAGCUUCGUCGUCUGGCUCGAAUUGACAUGGCGCCUUGUCUCGGUGACUUUUGGGAGCUCGAUGUUGUCUUUGAAAGACACUGGUUCGAGGAGGUGGAUGUGUAAACCAUACCAAACCAAACCAAGCACCCCACACCCACACAGCCAGCUGCAUGGCUGCAGCGAAACAGGAAGCAAAGCUUGCCCGGGGGAAAAGCAAGCCUCUUGGCGUGUGGCUACAGAACCAAGAAGACUCCAAUACAAACAUAGAUUCUCAUGAUCAUGGCGCACCACUAGCUUGUGCAUAACGACACUUUGUCUCUCUACUAAGCUACAUAAUUAAACAUUCACACUACAUCCGCUACAU